AUGACUGAUUCAUUUUACCUGCGUUAUUAUGUCGGACACAAAGGGAAGUUUGGGCACGAGUUUCUAGAAUUUGAAUUUCGUCCAGAUGGCAAACUUCGAUAUGCAAAUAAUUCCAAUUACAAGAACGACACGAUGAUUCGCAAGGAGGCUACUGUUAGUAAAGCUGUUAUGGAAGAACUAAAGCGAAUAAUACUCGAGAGUGACAUUAUGAGCGAAGAUGAUUCAAGUUGGCCAGCUCCUGACCGUGUGGGCCGCCAGGAACUUGAAAUUGUUUGUGGCGAGGAACACAUUUCCUUUACGACGUCAAAAAUUGGUUCUCUAGUUGAGAUCAACAGCUGCAGGGAUCCAGAGGGUUUGCACACCUUCUACUACUUAGUUCAAGACUUGAAGUGUUUAGUAUUCUCUCUUAUCGGUCUGCAUUUCAAAAUCAAGCCUAUAUAA